GUUUCAAAGGAUUAUGUUGAGCAAAGAACUAAAUGUUUAAUUAAACAUUUUCACACUUCAUAAUAUCAGUAUGUCACUGCAUUCCUGUAAAGUACACCACAAUAAAUGAGUCUGAUAAAUAAAUUGCUUUUAUCACCUGAUUGUGGUCUUAUCAUGAGCUUCCCAAUUAAACCUGUCAGUUAAAAAUUACGAAAUAAUAACCGAGUUCUUACUAAACUUUGGGGAAUCAUGAAGAACGCGUUUGCCAAUAAAAAGGGAUAGAAUACAAACAGGUUAGUAUAGCACGAAGUAUUGGUGUAAAAAAUAGUUGUAGUUCAACAUAUCGUCAAGAGGCAGAUAUAACUGUUCGCUGUAAUUUGGUUGGCAAGCGUAGUUUAUUUAUAGUCGGUGAAUCGUCAUCGGCUUUUGAGUGUAUAACUGCAGUUGCUAUAUCAAGAUAAUACUGACAAUGUAUUUCGGAUAUAUUUUGUAUGUUUGCAGCUCUGUGCUGAUGUUGAUAAACGUUGAAUGCGUUGCGGCAAAGGAAAACAAAAUGAUUAGACCAAAAGUAAGUUCUAGUUACUGUAUUGAAAAGUUUUCAUGCGGUGGUAACCAUACAAAUUCGUGCUAUUGUGAUUCUCUGUGUGAAACAAUGGGCGACUGUUGUAAAGGAUUUAAAACCAAUAAAACGCUUGUAAACAUUCCGGCAAAGACACAGUACUCUUGUUAUAAAAUACCUAAAGUGUCUGUUCGAAACGCCUUUGGAGCUCUAGUCGUCUCAGCAUGUCCAGAAAACUGGAAUGAUGAUGAAAGUCGAACACUGUGUGAACACGGGAAGGAAAGAGUUGAAAUUAAUAACACAUAUGUGAGCAGUGGCGGAAUCAUAUUUAAAAAUUUGUUCUGCGCUUUUUGCAGUGGUGUGCUACCUAGUGUGUAUAGUUUUCGUACAUUACAAGUUUGUACCAAUGACAGUCUUGAUGAGGAACUGAAAAAAGUAGAAAGAUGCAACGAUUUGUACAACAAAAACGCUCAGAUAGAUUCAAUCCGCACUUGCCCUCUGAACGUUAAAAAAGUAUGCACGAUAAGCACGACAGAUGACCUUUCGAAGAACUGUACAGACGGGUAUUACGGACUUGUCUACGAUUCCUUUGGUAAUAUGUAUAAAAAUAUAUACUGUGGUUUAUGUAAUAAUAUAUCAGAAAAUGAUCUUUCUUGUGAAAAGGAUAAAGUAAACGCAGGAGAUCCAUAUGUGUUUACAAUAUUAAUCAAUUCUACUAACACCAGUUCAAAUGGAGACACUCAGAUGUACGCAACAGUGACUGCACUUGUUAUUUCAAUAGUGUCGUUAGUAAUAACCCUUGUUGUGUAUGGACUUUUUCCUGCCUUAAUGAACCUCCCGGGAAAGAUUACAUUUUUUCUGGCAUUAACACUUCUCUUGGCACAGUUACUGUUUCUGAUAUCUUCUGAAACAGAGCAGAUUCCGUGGUUGUGUAUUGCAGUGGCAGUUUUAGUGCAUUUCUUCUUUACCGCCGCCUUCUGCUGGAUGAAUGUUAUAGCUUUUGAUCUUUGGAUGACCUUUUCGAAUCGUAAAUUUGACUGCGGAGAUAAGAUGAAGUUUUGUUACUACAAUGUAUAUACAUGGUCAGUUCCAGCCAUCAUUGUUUCUAUAGGAGUAAUUCUUAACUUUUCAGAGAAAACCGGGUCCUUAAAUCCUCAAUACGGCAAGAAAGAAUGUUGGAUAUUUUCAGAAAACGCUAAAUUGCUUUUAUUUAUAGGACCUUUGGCGCUUUUUAAAUUGUUUGAUGUUGUUGCAUUUUCUUGUACAGUAUAUUACAUAAGAAAAGCCAAAAGAGAAGCAUCAUUUGCAACAGAGGGGAAAGGGAACGUAUGUUUAUUCUUUAUAAAUUUGAAACUAUCGCUCAUUAUGGGUCUGACUUGGACUUUUGCAUUUCUAGCGAAAUAUACAAACAAUGAUAUACUGUGGUAUAUGUUUAUCAUUUUCAAUGCGCUUCAAGGUUUCUUCAUAUGCGUGUGUUUUGUUUGUACCAAACAAGUAUUCAAUCAGGUCAGAAAAUCGUUCACUAAUAACUUGCAUGUACAAUCUAAUGACACGAAAAGUUCGUCAGUAUAAAGUAAAUGUUUCCUCAAGAACAAAAAGAUAUUUAAGCAGAUACAUUGCUGAUAUCGUGUUAUGUAAUUGUAGUGACCUGAUGAGUGAGAUCAAUUGUUUUAGAUAAUUGUUUCUAUUAUAGAUAUCAGAAAAAAGUGUAAUUAUGAGUCUUAUUUACUCAUUAUUUUAAGAUAUCACUCCCUAAGAAAUUAUAAACCAUCAAUUAAAUAUGUCUUGAUAUUAGAUAUCGUCAAAUAAAACAACAACAACUAUUUAGCUAUUUGAAAUGGACAGAAAGAAAUGUAUUGUACCGAAAUUAUAUUUAUACACAAUAAGACCUUUGUUCAGUAUUAUUUACAGUUACGCUCCUUAUAACGUAUUUUGAAACACAGUUAUUGCACUUAUCCUUCAGUGGUUUGUUUCCUUCCUUUUAUCAUAAGUUUAACUUUAUUUCAUCAUGUAAGCCUUUUAAGUAUUUAAAGUGGGACUUCGUUCUCUCAAACUCGGAUAAUUCGAACCCUCGCUCCAGCUUAUCGUUAGGUCCUGGCAUAAUGCCUGUAUAAUAUAUAUCAAAGGCUCGAACUAUUGAAUUUUGUCUGUCCCGUCGAAGUUCGAAAAAAUCACAUAAUUUUUUAUACUCAUUUAUUCAAGAUGUAAGACUCCAUUUUUAUAUUGAUGUUUUCAAGAAGACAUCUUCUUCCUUUGCAUUGGACAACAUUUAUUUUACACGCAUUUCUUUAAACCUAUAGACACCACUGUUUGAUCUAUCUCACACUUAUCGUGUAAUGAUGUUAUCUAGAAAUCGUUUAGAUAACAAGAUUAAGGGAAGGAGUCAUGAUGAUGAAAAAUUAUGGGCAAAUUUAUGAUAGAUCAAAAUCUUUGAUGAUGCACUUUUUCAUAGAACGAGUUAUAACAAUCAAAACUACAAUUUAUUACUGUUUGAAUGUCUGUACGUCUUGUCUUACCUGUGUAUUUUGAUACCAUCACAUUUCACACCUGGCGUGUAGAGGAUAUUUGUUUAUUUUAGUGUAAGUUAAAAAAAUCCCCACCCCCCAACCCACCAACCCACCAAAAAUAGAUACCAUACGCAAUAUUUUCACACGAGUGGCGUAGCUACUGAUGAAAAUGUAAGUUAUUGUGUCCAUGAAUGAAAUAUAUUUUAAUGUUAUAUGCAAAAAAAAAUCUGUUUUAUUUCAUGUUUUGUUCUAUAAUUUUCCGAUUCUACAAAAAUUAUAUUUGACAUCUUUCAGAGUGAAAACAUACCUGAUAUUCCGCUGCAUGAAAAACAUAUUUUCUACGAGCGACAAAAAGUUAAAAUACUAGAAAUCGGUAUUUCUAUUUAUUGCCACAUCAUCAAAAUAACCAUUGACACUAAUACAAAUAUUCUAAACACUAACUUUAUUCCAUUUUAAUUGCAUUUGCUCUGUUUUCGAUUUUUCAUGUACUGAUAGUCAUCUAAUUUUCAUGGUGUAGUAAUCCACCAUAUGUUUGUGUAAGUAAUUAUAGAAAUGAAAACAUGAUAAAGAAAGUUUGCGCUAAAAAUAGUAUCAUUUAAUUAUCACGUUCCAUUUUUAUUACGGUAAUUAGAUUUACAAAUAACACUUUCAUGUCCAGUUGAUUGAUUUGUAUAUAUUGCAAUGGCAAUCUUCAACAUGGGUAUAUGUUAAGAUGUGUAGAUUAAGAAUAUGCUGUUGAAACUCUAUAUCUCGGACUCGAAUAUCUUAAAAUUUUGGUUACAUUAUAAUAUGUCGAAUUUCGGUUAUCUCUACGUAAAACACUCGGUCCCUUGGAAUUCGAGAUACCGAGUUUCAACUGUAUUAACAUUUCAGUAUGCGUCUGAGUCAUCUGUAUGUAAUGACUACCCUCUCUACACAGCUACAUGUUAUUACACUGUACUUCUUCAUCAUUUUGUACAAGACUGUUACAUGUAUUUUGUUGCUAAAUGUGUUCCUCUGCCUAGAUGCAUUCAAAACACUUUAUUGUCCUUGAUUCGAGCUCAAUUUGUGCCUAGUUUUUGUAUAUUCAAUUAUAUGUACAUAAAUGUGAUAUACGUUCAAUGCUCACAAACAAACAACGACUUGAACUUUACAUGUAUUUGAUAAAUACAAGUUGAAUUUAUUUCUUAGAUAAUGUAGAAUGCGCCUCUGUUCAUGCUAUUGCUACAUGUAUAUUUUACGCUCUAUUAUUAAUAAAUGUGGAAUGUU